AUGAAAUUCAUUAUAAAGUUAUUUCUUACAAAGAAGUUUAUACUUGUUGGAUUACGGGCCCGGUUAAGUACUAUUGCUGCCACAACACCAGUGCACAGAGGUGAAUACAUAGAUAAUGAAGUCCAACAACCAUCUAUACCGACCUCAGAAAAUAAUCAAUUAAUAGGCGAAAACCAAAUGGAAUUUCCUUUACUUAAUGGCAUGGUGGAGCAGAAUAACUAUUAUACCGAUUUAGAAAGAGAAAGUCCUGCUAUGAACAUAGCUCGCCAUAGCCAGAGUGAGCGAUCUAUUGAUUCAUUUAAUAGUUUUUCCGGACUCGAUGAGCACAGUGUAGUGGAUACUAGUAAACCAGACCAGCAGAACAUUAGCAAGACAAAUAAUUAUGAUUCAUUGCCAGAUUUAAAUGAAAUUGCAAAAAUGUUAGGAAAUUACAUAAAUUUCGAGGAACUAGAAAAAGCCAACCAGCCAGAAUCAAACAAUAGAAAUGAACAAGUGCCAAAUACUAUUGCCCGGCCUGAAUUACCUGCUAUAAACAUAGAUGAUCUACCUAGCAGCGACUUUGAAAAUAUAAUAUGUAGCGAUUUUAAUAUUGAUGCAUUCAAUAGUAUAUUUAACCAAUUAAAUGAAGAAUUAGAAUGCGCAGAGGAUUAUAUACCAAACACAGAAGGAGAAGAUAUGACUCGUUUCUAUAUGUGUAAUGAGAACAGCAGCACGCACAGCGAUCAAAUUUCUACCCAUAGUAAAGAAAGAAAUGCCCAGGAACAUAAAUCGUACACAGGCACAUUUAAUGCUACAAAUAGCACGAAGAGGUUACUAGAUCUAAAUGAAAAUACAUUAAGCAGCCAAAGUACUUCCAAUUAUUCAAAUCUUUCCCAUAACUCAAGUAGUUUAGACAAUUCACCUAACACUUUUAUCAAAAGGAAAAAAGAGUGGGAUUCUUGUCCUUCUGCAGCCGAAAAGAAUCUAGUUUCACAAACCACUAAAAAGCCCUGCUAUAGUUCCGUUGGCAGCUUUGAUUUGGAACAGAGCCAAGCGUCUUCUUCUGAAUAUACUUUUAGUGAAUCACAUAAAUCUUUUAAAGAAUCUCAAAAAAUGAUUAACAUCAGAAGCAACUUAAAUCCCAUACAAAACAGAAAAACUAUUGAAAAGAAACAAAGCGCAACAUCUGACUCUACCACCUUGGCAGCACUAGAUGUUCCAAACAAAAGUUCAAAAAUAACAGAAGUAGAAGAUGCAAAAUGCCCUAAAAUGGAAAAAGGCACUAAUUUAGAUCAAGUAAAUCAAAAAUCAGGCCUACUAGACAACAAAAAUGCAUAUGAUUUGAUAAAUCAAUACAUUAAAAAAAACAGUGUUAGAAAGUUUUCUUGCCAUGUACAUCACAGCCCAGAUAUAAUUGCUUACAAAAAAAAUCAGUGCCAAAGGCUAGCUCGUAUGAAUCGCACACCUCAGACACCCGCAUUGGCCUACACCACACCAUUUUAUACAGAACCCAUAUUUAAUGAAACAAUCCAAAAAUUGUACAAAUUAUAUAAGAAUAUAUGGCUGUUUAUUUCUUCAUUGACAUAUGAAACCCACAGCAAAAAGAUGGAUUGCAUUAUAUAUUUGUGUAGCCUGCCAAUUGAAUUGAAAAAAGCUUUAUUUUCUACGACUAAUUCCAUUUCAUGCUAUUACAAUGGGUUCUUGGACGAUCUAUAUAAUUAUAUUUAUAAUAUGGGGUCUCCUCAGAGUAUAGAAGUAGAGAAAGCGCCUAAAGCUGUUUUCAUAAAAAAGGAAUUUAUUCAGAAAAACGAAACCAUUCAAGAUAUAUAUGAUAAAAAGGGAAUAGAUCCUGUUUUGCUUAUACAUGGCAUAAUAGCUAGCUAUAGCCAGAUAAACCACUCAGAUAUAACCUCCCAAGGCAAGGAAAAAAAUAAAUCCAUCGAGUUGUUAUCUAAAAUAAAGGAUAUACCAGAUGAAAUACAGAAUAAGCUAGGGUUUAUUUUAAAAAUACCGGAGAUAUACGAAGACAUGUUCCACAUAACAGAGAAAGUAAUUAACCAAAUACGAGACCGGGUAGCUAUCGGUUUUAAUAAAAAGUGGGCGAAUAGUUUUUUCAUAAUAAAUGCCUUAGCACACAUAGUUCAGAAAAGCAAAUUCAAACUAUCAGAUAACGACAUGCAGGCAGUGUGUGCGAUAAAAAUUAAUAGGGUGCCUAUUAUAAAUUGCAAACCCAGUGAGGUACUUGAUGUUAUGCUCAACCUAUUUAGAGUAUUCUAUAUAAAUGCACCUUAUAUAUAUGAAACAACAACCCCUCUUACUAAUGCAGAAGUGUGCGAUGAAACUUCAAUAAAGGGUAUAAAUAUGCCCUCCGUUACACGCAGUGGCGCUAGCUCUUGUGCUAGUAAAACUAUACUUCGAAAAUUGUUAGGAAAGAAUGUUAUUACUGUUUCGCAGUUUAACAGAUGCUAUGCGCUCAUUACCUCUAAAAUAACCUAUAAAACCCAAUCAAACAAAGAGGCAGGCAAUCUGCCUAGUGAUGCAGAGGAGUGGAUAGAUUCCAGUGUAGUAAAAUCAUACAUAUCGUAUUUUCAGCUAGCAAAUGACAUCCCAAUCACGCAUAGCAUUCACUAUCACAUACAGCUGGUUCUUAAUUCAAAGCAUCGUGUGAAAAUAAUACACCUUCCUAGAUACACGGUGGUUAAUUCUAAAAAUAGAAAAUUCUAUAACAAGCUCUGCUAUACAAUUAAGAAUAUUGUAGUCUACUUGGACAGAUUAAUAUCCACAAAUCCAGUCGCCUUUGGAAUAAAUAUCAAAACUGGCCAGACAUUUUUAAGCCGACCUACAAAACAAAUCUAUGAAGACAUAAGCAGUGUUACUGAUUCCAAAUGUAUCUAUCCAGCUGUCUAUAAUAGAACAACAAAAAAAUGGACAAUGAUGUCUACUACGGACUUAUACAUGGACAAAACCAUGCAUGAAAUGAACAAGAAAGGGCUUGAUGUUAUAUUCUACUACCUAGAGGAAAGCGUGCUUAACUCUUCCUUUAUUUUUGCACAGUUUAAUCCCUCUUCAUCCAACAACAGGAAAAAUCUGCCUAGAAUGAAAGACGCGCAACCAAACCCAAGAAUACCGCUAUUUUUGUCUACUUUUCUGCUGUCUUCUAUUCCACUAUCCUCUUACUACCCCUUCAAAAAAACAUAUAUGGCUAAUAUUAAUUUAAUCUGUAAUACAGCGCCAUUUCAGUUCAACUAUAGUUCCAUUAAUUCAAUAUUCUUUGAAGGCAUCCCAAAUAAAGCUAAAAUCCUAAAAAACUAUGAAGAAAUAACUGUAAACUAUUAUAGUGACUUUUUUAUACGAAAUAUCUAUAGCGAAUAUAAAGACCUGGAUUGUUAUUGCCUUAACUCAGCUAUGAAACAAACCAAUAACCCAAGCCAAAUAGUUCUAGAAUGGAAUGUUCGUAUUACACAAAGUGUAGAUGAGUACACUACCUAUUAUUAUACAAGACCCAAAGACCCAGAAAAAAGUUAUUUAUCCGAGUAUUCUCCUAUAAAAGCCCUUAAAUCUCUUGUAAAAAUGCUGCAAAGCCCGCAUAUAUCAGAAGACAUGGUUUAUUAUGGCAUUUGCUUAUACAAAAACAAAGACGACCCGGUAGAGUAUACUUCCUUUAUUUUAUGCCCGGUACUUAGAUCUCUUCUAGAUAAAACAGACGACAGUUUGAUAAAAAAAUCCUAUAAAAGCUUUGUUCUUUCUUUACCCCCAAUUACAGAUGACAAUAUGGAAAAAAUGGAAUGCGCCAAAAUAAUUGUAAAAGAAAAUAACUAUACAAUGUCCAAAUUGGGCAUUCAUUGUGAAAUUUGGGAUAUUUUGACUUCAAAUUUUAAAAAUACUGAAUGCUAUGCGCCCUCUACACAAAAACAAGAAGCUCAUCCAUCUACAAGCGCUGCUUAAGUGUUACAUAACAAAUAGCUCUUUCUAUCUUAAUUUAUUAUGAAGUUCUCUAAGUAUGGUGGCCUAGUAUAUAUUUAUAAAAGUUCAAAAGAGUAAAAAUUAAUAAAGAUAAUUAUUAUAAGGCAUA